AUGUCUGCCCCUGGUCACUCCAAGAUGUCUGCCCCUGGUCUCUCCAAGAUGUCUGCCCCUGGUCUCUCCAAGAUGUCUGCCCCUGGUCUCUCCAAGAUGUCUGUUCUGCAGGUGUUUUGGGAUCGGCUGUGGUUGAGACUCCGCCUCUGUGAAAGUGAAAGUAACUGGUGCCAGACUCUGCACCAGUCCAGACAGACCAGCACCAUGGGAGGUGUUGGUUGUGCAGAGCCAGAGUCGCUCCGGGUGCUGCUGCUGGGGAAGCAGGGCUGUGGGAAGAGCAGUCUGGCCAACCUCCUCCUGGGGGAGUCUGUGUUCAGUGUGAGCCACAGGAGUAACAAGGAGAUUCGGAGGUCCCAGAGCCACACCAGAACCCAGACCAGAACCCAGACCAGGCCCCAGACCGGGACCCGGACUCUCACGGUGGUGGACUCCCCUGGUCUGGUCGGUACCCCUCUGCAGGGGGCCUCGGGUCGGGCUCAGAGGUGUGAGUGGCUCAGUGCUCUGCUGCAGUGUGCUCCAGGACCUCAUGCUGUUCUGCUGGUGAUGUCGGUGCAGAGAUACACCUGCCAAGAGGAGGCCGUGGUGCGGCGAGUGCGGACACUGUGUGGAGACCAGGUGUUUGGCUUCCUCACGGUGGUCUUCACUCACGGGGACCAGCUUCCAGAGGACAUGCACAUGGUUCAGUUUGUGGAGCAGAGUGCAGGGCUGACAGAGCUGGUCCAGGCCUGCGGGGGGCGCUGUCACGUGGUCGACAACAAGUACUGGAACCGAGAGCCUCCGGAAGAUUCUUAUCGCAGCAACGCCUUCCAGGUGCAAGAGAUCCUGGCGACGGUGGAGAAAACAGCUCGACAAAACCAAACGUUUUUCAGCAAUGAUACAUUACUGCAAGUGGAGCGUGAGAUUCAGGCCGAGACCAUGCGCAUUCAAAGCAGCUCAGAGAUAGUUCCAGAGGUCCCACUGGUCCCAAUCGACCCCAGCCCCUCCCCUCUGAGAGAAGUUCUGGAGUUCAUUCUGACCAAACCAGAGGAAUUGUUUGAUAAAUUCGACCCGUACGACCUUUUCCUCUGGACUUCGACGAGUGUCCUACUCGGAUCGGCGGGCAGCGCUACGGCUCUGGCCGGGAUCAGAGCUAGUGGGCUGGACAUGUCCACCACUCGCACCGCGGAGUCCAGCCAGCCUGGGGCCGUAGGAAAACCCACCUCAGACCCAGCUCAGACCCAGCUCAGACCCACCUCAGACCCAGCUCAGACCCACCUCAGACCCAGCUCAGACCCAGCUCAGACCCAGACCUCAGACCCAGCUCAGACCCACCUCAGACCCAGCUCAGACCCACCUCAGACCCAGCUCAGACCCAGCUCAGACCCACCUCAGACCCACCUCAGACCCACCUCAGACCCAGCUCAGACCCACCUCAGACCCAGCUCAGACCCACCUCAGACCCACCUCAGACCCAGCUCAGACCCAGCUCAGACCCAGCUCAGACCCAGCUCAGACCCAGCUCAGACCCAGCUCAGACCCAGCUCAGACCCAGCUCAGACCCAGCUCAGACCCACCUCAGACCCAGCUCAGACCCACCUCAGACCCAGCUCAGACCCAGCUCAGACCCAGCUCAGACCCACCUCAGACCCAGCUCAGACCCACCUCAGACCCACCUCAGACCCAGCUCAGACCCAGCUCAGACCCAGACCAGACCCAGCUCAGACCCAGCUCAGACCCAGCUCAGACCCAGCUCAGACCCAGCUCAGACCCAGCUCAGACCCAGCUCAGACCCAGCUCAGACCCAGCUCAGACCCAGUUCAGACCCAGCUCAGACCCAGCUCAGACCCAGCUCAGACCCAGCUCAGACCCAGCUCAGACCCAGCUCAGACCCAGCUCAGACCCAGCUCAGACCCAGACGAGGACAUGGCCGAUCCAGACACUUGGAGGAUCGUCGUUUUGGGAAAAACUGACUCAGGGAAAAGCAGCUUGGGAAACACUUUGUUUGGAGAAAACACUUUCACAGUGGGCCAUACACCGUCCUCAGAGACAAAGUUCUGUCAGAGUGAGACCGGAGUCAUCAAUGGGAGAAAGAUUCGUCUGGUGGACACUCCUGGACUGUUCGGCACAGACAACGAUAAUGAUGAGACCAAAGCCCAGCUAAUGAAGUCCAUCGUAGAGUGUGCCCCGGGACCUCAUGCCUUCCUGCUCGUGAUGAAGAAAGAAAAAUAUACUGCUGAGGUGAAGAAGAUGGUGGAGCUGAUUCUGGAGAUCUUCUCUGAGGAGGCCCUGAGAUUCACCACCAUCGUAUUCACACAUGGAGACGACCUGCAGGACUCAGAGAAGAUCGAAGACUGGGCCAAUCAGAACGAAGAUCUGAGAGUUCUGCUGCAGAAGUGUGGAGGCCGCUGCCACGUCUUUGAUAAUAAAUACUGGAACAACAGCCAGGAUCCAUACAGGAACAACACAGUCCAGGUCACAGAGCUGCUGGAGACCAUUGGACGAACUGUGGAGGAGAACGGUGGAACGUUCUACACCAACGAGAUGUUGGAGACGGUCCAACGAGACAUUGAUACCUGCAUGAAGUUAGGGCAGACGUUCGAAGAAGCCAAAGAAUUCAUCUACAGGCACUGGCUGGAGAUCCUGGGCAUAGCUGCAGCGAUGUAUGCCAGAGCUGUAUGGGUGGAGAAGGGCAAGGAGAUGGAGGACAAUUUACAGGAGUGUGAGAGUUAUGCUCUGACCAGCCAGCAAGAGGAGGAGGAGGAGGGCGGGUGUAAAGAAAUCAUUCUCCCCCAGAAAAAACUGGCCAAGGGGUGCUUUGAAGAUUACAUCACUGAUUCUGAUGAUGGAGAGGAGAGCAGAAUGGGUGGAAAAUUACUGCCCUUCCCUAUUCCUCCUGCUGACAUUUAUUCUUAUACUCAAAGUACAUCUAUUCCUGUCAAUCGGGAAAUGUCUCCAGUAUAUUUCCAUCCAUUAUUUUCCAGUUCCUUCUUCCUCUACAACAAGGAACAAGGAUGGGUUUCAAGAACGAUCCUCCCCACUGAGAGCGAGGUGGCGUUCACAGAGGUCCCGUUCCCGUCAAUCCCCCCCACAGAGAGAGAGGUCCCGGUCACAUCAAUCCCCCCCACAGAGAGAGAGGUCCCGGUCACAUCAAUCCCCCCCACAGAGAGAGAGGUCCCGGUCACAUCAAUCCCCCCCACAGAGAGAGAGGUCCCGGUCACAUCAAUCCCCCCCACAGAGAGAGAGGUCCCGGUCACAUCAAUCCCCCCCACAGAGAGAGAGGUCCCGGUCACAUCAAUCCCCCCCACAGAGAGAGAGGUCCCGGUCACAUCAAUCCCCCCCACAGAGAGAGAGGUCCCGGUCACAUCAAUCCCCCCCACAGAGAGAGAGAUCGGGAAGAAAUUUGUCUCCCCACUUUCCAAUGUCCACAGCAAGUAA